CGCUGCUGGGACCCAAGAUGGCGGCGCCCGUGGACCUGGAGCUGAAGAAGGCCUUCACCGAGCUGCAGGCCAAGGUGAUCGACACGCAGCAGAAGGUGAAGCUGGCCGACAUCCAGAUCGAGCAGCUGACCAAGACGAAGAAGCACGCUCACCUCACGGACACGGAGGUGAUGAUGCUGGUGGACGAGACGCGCAUGUACGAGGGCGUGGGAAGGAUGUUUAUCCUUCAGUCCAAAGGAGUGAUUCACAACCAGCUCUUAGAGAAACAGAGAAUAGCUGAAGAGAAAAUUAAGGAAUUGGAGCAGAAGAAGUCGUACCUGGAGCGCAGCGUGAAGGAGGCGGAAGACAACAUCCGGGAGAUGCUGCUGGCCCGCAGGGCGCAGUAGCUGUGCAGCUCUCCCGCAGCACCUCGGGGUGGCUGGGGGCAGCUUUGCCGCUCGGCGCUGCUGAGCG